AUGCGGUAUUCUGUGGUAGAAACGGAUUUCGGUGAUGAAGAGACCAAGAACUUCGGUAAACGCGAUGAAUUUGUCAGCUUAUCCAGUCUGUAUGAAAUUAAAACAUUAGCUGCUAUCUCUGGCGAUUUCGAUAACACCGAGAACGAAGAUCCCACAAGCGAUUUUGCGGCGCCGACGGUUUUCACAGAAAGCAAUGAAAAAUGGUUAGCAGUUGCCGUUGGGGACGACGUUUCCAUUUUCUCAAUCAGCUUUGAUUUGCAACACCUCUUCACACAGCCAUUCAAAGCUGGCUACAAUAUUUGCGGCAUCGGAUGGCUGGGAGAUAGUCAUAUCUUGGCAGUUGUUUCGUCUUCUAUGGAUGUCGUCUUGUUGUCGGCCGAAUUGCGAACGGUUCUCACAACUUUGAACAUGUCUUCUUCAACACCGUGCAAACGUGCUUUCCUUUCUUCGGAUGUUGUAAACGACAUGUGCUGUCUCGCCGUUGCUCAGGAAGAUGGGCAGAUUCUGACGUUUCAAAUUCCUGAUUGGAAUGUGCUAGCAGGACCACCGAGGGACAAUCUGUUGGCCUGCUGCAGAGAAUCUCUAGCAAAUGCAAAAAUCACAGAAUCAGUGAGCAAAUGGGCAUUGAGUAAUAUCGUCUAUACGGGUAGUCUACUAGUGCAGGCUCCUGCACAGCAAUUGCCAUUACAAAUUUGUCAGUUAGGAAGUUCUACCGCUGAGGCUCUCGGCGAUGCCUAUACAGCUAUGACAUACGUAAGAACUCGCCCUUGUUGCGACAAUCGCUUCCUGAUGGGACUCACUCUCGACGGAAAUUUCAUAGUUACUGAUCUCUGGACUUUCUCCACUGUUCUGCAGAAGAAUCUUCGUAAGAGCAAGGAUGAACUUUUCGCCGAUUUCAUGUUUGUCAAUAAGCCAAAAAUAGGUCCGAAUGUGGGAACUAUUGCACUUAUUGUCAGAACGGAGAACCGCGUGGAAAUGCAAGUCCGUUCGAUGCCUUCUUUGGAAACAGUGUAUUGCGUGGCUGUGAACGAGAAAACCACGCUGUUACCAGUAUCCGAAACAGCAGAUCGUGCAAUUCUACUUGUAGAAUCGUUCUCAUCCAAUAUUGUACAUGACAGCGACACGGUAAAAGUGCGCGAAAUAGUGGAGGCUCAACCAGACAUGAAGCUGCAGAGGCUUAUAAGCAGGAAUCAGCUUGAUCAAGCCGAGCAGUUUGCUACCCAGUUCAAACUGGACAUUCAGGUACUGUUCUUUCGUAACUCUGAG